GAGUUAAAAAUAAUUGGAACAAAAGAAUCUGUCAUUCUCAUCAUUUCUGUUUCUCUCUCAUGAUGAGCCUAUCUAAUCUAUAUCCAUCGCCAUGGAAGAAGCAUUUCUGUGAUAACAAAAGUUAAAUUCCGCGUUUUCACAUUUUCUCUUUUAAAUAUUUAAAUGAAUUAAAUUAAAUAAAUAAAUUCUUUCACAGCCACAAUUAUUCUAAAGCUUCAAUCUUCUCUCUAUUCUUCUGUCUGACUCUUCUUCACCUCUCUCACCCUUCUCCACUCGCAAAUAUAGGUGGUGAAAAUGUCGACUCCUGCGAGGAAGAGACUGAUGAGGGAUUUUAAGAGGUUGCAACAUGAUCCUCCCGCUGGCAUUAGUGGAGCUCCCCAAGACAAUAAUAUCAUGCUUUGGAAUGCUGUAAUCUUUGGACCAGAUGACACCCCAUGGGAUGGAGGUACGUUCAAGUUGACUCUUCAGUUCACCGAGGAUUAUCCUAAUAAACCGCCUACUGUGCGCUUUGUUUCUCGAAUGUUUCAUCCAAACAUUUAUGCAGAUGGCAGUAUAUGCUUGGAUAUUUUACAGAAUCAGUGGAGUCCAAUUUAUGAUGUAGCUGCAAUACUUACCUCAAUCCAGUCAUUGUUGUGUGAUCCAAACCCAAACUCUCCAGCGAAUUCUGAAGCUGCUCGGAUGUUCAGCGAAAACAAGCGUGAAUACAACCGUAGAAUACGCGAGAUUGUUGAGCAGAGUUGGACUGCUGAUUAACCAUACCAUAUAUAUAUGGCAUUGACGUGACAAUGGCUGUUAUAAAAAUGGAUCUGAUUGAAUAACCACCAGACCUUUAUAAACAACAACUAUGUUUUAUUUUACUUGCCCUUGCUUGACUGUGUGUUUGCUCAAACUUCAUAUGAAUUAAGAACAUUCUUGCUUUUGUUGA